AUGGUAAGUCUUCCUCCAAAGCAUUUAAAUGAAACUUUUAAGAGAAGAAUGGCUAUGCUUGGAAAGCCUGCAACACCAUAUGUUGCAGUAGAUGGCGAUGAACCACCACCAGAUUUCGAAAAAUAUAAAACUCCAGUACCAGGUCCAAAGAUUAAUAUCAAAUGGACUGCAAAAGAAAGAGCAACACAAGAAUAUCUAGCUUUGCUUUCAGAAGGCAUGUCUUUAUACAAACGAAACGAAUAUUAUCGAGCGAUAGACGCGUUUACGAAAGCGUAUGAUAAAUCUUCUGAUUUGGAAGAUCGAAUGGUAAAUAUAAACUCAAUUCUCAUCGACCGUGCUGAUUGCUACAUUCAAGUAGGUAAACCAGAACUUGCUAUUGAAGAUGUUAACAUUGUCUUAGAUACAAUACCAGAAUAUGCAAACCCAGAAAAAGCAGAUCCAAAGAAGCCACCAAAUCCAGAUUUACCACGCGCAAUUUUAACAAAAGCUGAAGCUUAUUUCUCUAUGGGCGAAUUUGAGUUUGCUUUGGUUUUCUUUGAGCAAGGACUUGCCAUUCGUAAGGAUAUGGCCGAUUUCCGUGAUGGUGUCACAAAAGCUAAGCAUGCUAUCCUUGAUGCAAUCAAAGGUGAAAAGAUUUUCCAACCAAAUCCAAAUUAUGCAUCAUCACAUACAAAAUCCAGAUCUCUUAGAACUAGAUCACCUACAAAGAAGCAAGAAGAGACAGAAGAGAACCAAGAACCAAAGCAGGAAAAACAAAAAAAGACUGCAAGGCUUUUGCCUCAAGACGUUCCUCCUCUUGAUACUACAGAAGGAAAUGAGAACUACUUAGGCGAAUUAUCACUUGAUUUCCAAUUCUUAAACGGCUUGAAAGCAGAAAUUUCAGAAUCUACUGGUCCUGCUAGCCAAUUUGGUAAGAAACAGAAUGAAAACAUUAAAGAUAUAGUUGAUGAUGCUCUUGAAUAUUUGAGCACCAGAGGUUCAUUCUGGUGCCAACAAGGCAAGAAAUCUACCGGAAAUGAUGGAGAUCAGACAGAAAGAGCUAAGACAACAAGAGAACCACACUCUAGACAAAGAAGUACUUCUCCUGGUUCUAAGUCAGCACGUGCUCAGUCUGCAACUAGAUCUAAUAGAGCUGCAUCUAGGAACAAAGAUGCUACACCUCACUAUGAGAUGAGCAAACUCCAGCAGUAUGAAUCGAAGUAUCCACCAAAAUAG